UAAACACAGCUAAAACAUGUGUUUAUUUAUUGUUUACAAAAACGUCAAAUAUCAAGUGGUCAAAAUUGCAUUUCUUUAACUAAAUUGUUUGUUUCUAUGUUAAAAGAAAUAUUUAAAAAUGCCUAAAAUUGUGGAAGUACGUCCUGAUCGUAAUCUAAUCCGAAACAAUUUCGAUGGCUACAAACUGUCGUUAGAUCCCGUACCUAUAUUACGCCAGGAAUUGACAUACCUUCCUUUCAAAGCUGAACCGAAUGAAGACCAGUAUUCCUUACUGCAUGCGGAGCUUUUCUCCAUGCAAAACUUGCUGCAAGCAGACCCUUGGGCUCGUACAAUUUCUUAUUACAUUACUCGCCAUGGAGAGGUUACGAGAGUUGCUUAUAAUGAAUCAACUGGACGCGGAGAACAAAUACAGAUCUUAUAUAGACUGAAUACCCAAUCUACACGUGUGAAAGGAGACUACAAUUAUUCCAUGCGUUUUAUAUCUGAAAAGUACUGCGUUAUAUGCGAUGGCCUUCAAAGUAUUUUUUUAUUCGACACCAAAGAUCGUCUUAAGGCAGCUGAUUGGAUAUUGAUUGCCGAAGCGAACCUGAGCAAUAAGACACACGGUGAUCGCCAUUUUAUGCUAUUUGAUAGCCGUUUAGAUAUUGUACAGGAGAAAAAGCAAAUUAGUAUGGCAAUUGGCAGAGUUAUGAGAAUCGAUAAGGGCCCUACAGGUGUAUCAAGUCAUUUCAUGCACUUGCACUGGGGGAGAUGGAUGCAAAGUGAGAAUUGGGAAUUUUCAAUAGUUGACACGCUUGAAGGUAAAGGAUCUUUGUAUUACUGUGCAUUUGAACCUCGUGCAGAAUCGCUGAUUAUUUGCUCGAACCAUGAAUACAAUUUUCGUUCUCAAAAAUCGUCUGAAAGUUGUCAAGUUAAUGUUGAAAAAAUGGAGCUGCACGACGAAAAUUAUGAAAUUGGCGGAUUCACAUGGUCACAAACGGACGAAGACAUUAUAAUAAAAUUUGACUUUAAGGAAGGAAAAGAAAGAACAGAUUACAACGUAAAAUACGUUGCCAACAAACUUACUGUAAAAGUAUGCGAAGAAAUGCUGCUUAAUAAUGAGCUGUACGAUAAGGUUGAUCCAGAUUUGACGACAUGGACUAUUGAAAACAAUUAUUUGCAAAUAACUUUAGUUAAGCAACAUCCAUCCCUGAACUGGUUAUCACUUCUCAGUAACAAUGCUGGACCUAAAGAAACAUUCGAUGACAAAAGGCAAUCCGAUUUACCUAUAGAGCAAAAGCCUAUUGCAAAUUUAGAAGCACCCAUAGAAGAUUGCGACUUUCCUAUGGGUACUAUCGACGAGGAAAUAAAAAUUGGUCGUUAUCAUUUGCCAACUAAAUCGGUUACACAUAAUGUUUUGUUCGGUUCAACACCGCCGAUCUUUUCCACUACUUUGCGUCCAGGUUUUCCUAACGCAUUGGCGAUACGACAAGAUGUGGACGCUGGGCUUUGGUUGCAGCAAUAUAAUCCAACCAAAUCUGAUGAUUGGUCCCUGCGACAUGAGGGCAACUUGCAUGCAUUUGGCUAUGUACAAGCGUCCAAGCAACAACGAAAAUUCGUUGAUUGCUCACCAGACUUAAAUUACGCUAUUAUUUGUGAAUCCCACCGUCAUGUUUUCCUCUACAAAUCCAAUUACGAUGGAGCAGAUGGACUGAGAAAUCGUAGUGGCCCGCAAGUUAGAAUAGGGAAGCAGCAUUUAAUAACACUAGAAGACGCUGGCGAAGUGCUAGGUUUAGCGACUGCUGAACAUGUAGUGACUAUACUAACUGAACGUUAUAUUUUACAUUUACAGUUAAGUUGAUUAAAGUAAAAUAUAUAAUUUAUAAUGCAAAAUAAAUUUUAUAUGAAACUUAAAAUUACUCCGUAUGUCUAGCAUUGCUUCCGUUUCGAUUAAAUAAUACUAUAUUAUUUUUUGGGUCCCUCAUAAAUUUUGAAGUUUGUUAUUGAUUAUCAAUUGAUUUUCUGUAUUAUUAUCAGUUUAUCAGCGGUACAUAUACGAAUACAGGGUGUAUGUUUCAAGAAUAAGCUAACAGUAUGGCAACGUUAUAAGAAUGCCGUUGAAAGUAAAAUGUCAGAAAUAUUUUUUUAUGUUUUUUGGCAGAAGCAGCAGUGUGCAAAAGCACCAAAGACAACGGGCAUGCGGUGGAAUUCGGUGGAAUUGGAAAUAAACCUUUGCGGUGGCUAUCACGGAAUUGCAUAAAUAGCGAGUCUAUCGAACAACGUGCUUCACAAACUUGAGAAUAUUAAACAAUUUGGAAGUGCGGAAAGUGUAUAGUUUUAGUUGCGCCCGGGAUAUAAAGAAACAGUUUUAAAAAGUAAAUGAAAAGGAGUGAAAAAUAUUCGUAGCAAAUAUAAAAUAAUUUUUUUUCUGAAAAGUGCAUCAGAGUAGCACCGCCAAUUAGUCAAUUCAUUGUGUGAACGUGUGGUUGAAGGAACCUUUUCGAUUUGUUGUGGACAAUCGUCUAUUGUAUUUGGCACGAACAAACCUUUCCUGCGGAGCCGACAGUAAAAUCUCGGCUGUGAACUUCUCAACUGUGUGAGAACCAUAUAGAAUUCUUGCCUGUGUGUAGAAGAGUGAGUGAGGUCAUUCAGUGGAUAUCUGUAAACGUAAAUUCCAAUAUAGGAAACUAGUGUGAGGAUUCUAUACGUCGUAUACACAAAAUUUAAACCGAUAGUCGGGCGCCGAUAGAAAAUAAAAGAUAGAAAUUCAAAAUUAGAAAAUCCGUGUAAAUAAUAAGCGACGAAUAAUAAUUUAUAUUAUCAGUUAAGGAGAAUAC